GUAAUAAUUGGGCUAAAAAUUAGAUAAGCCGAGUGGAGGGCAAGCCGCGGUGGGGGCCAGUUUUCUGGUGGAGGGCCAACUGACUAAUCUAUUUAAUCAAACAUACAUUGCAAAAUUAAUUUCAAUAUAAUUAGAAAUUAUGAUUCUAAUAAAUUAGAUUAAUUUACUUAUCUUCUUUUUUAAUUCUACUUUGUUUCUUUCGCUUCUUGUCAAAAAUCUAAACAAAUAUGUCUGCUAAAAAAUUAGAAUGGUCUGCAAUUGAUGGUCAAGAACAUCCAGUUCUUAGUCCAGCUUGGAUUAGUAAUGGACAUGUCUUUACUUCAGGUAUUGUUGGACAAAAUUAUACUACUGGUGUUAUUCCAGAGUCAAUUGAAGAACAAACGGAACUUGCUAUUGCUAAUGUUGCUAAUGUAUUGUCAAAAUCAGGUUCCUCUACUGAUAAAGUCUUCAAGGUAUUGAUGUUCAUUUCUGAUGCUAAAUAUUCUCAAACUGUUAAUCAAAUUUAUGGAAAAGUUUUCAAACAAAAGCCUGCUAGAAGCUGUGUAGUUGUUGCUUUCAUGGAUCCAGCUAUUAAAGUCGAAUUAGAAGUUGUUGCAACCAAAGAUUAG